CCACUACUUCAAGUCCCCCCACUAUCUUUAGCUCCAGUAGUUUUGAGAGGAUUAGCUGAAACCCGUUCUCUAGUAGUUGGGAACAAGCAAGGCCUCGAUUUUAAAAAUAGCAUUCAAAAGACUCUAUCUAAUAUAACUAAAAGCUAAUAAAGAGAGAGAAAUUUAAAGGGGCCGGAGGAGCGCAUUUUCCGUGGUUCCAGGCUUGCACUCCAAUCCUAUCAGCAAGAAUCGUCGCCCAAAAGGAACGGGUUUGCUUCGAAGCCAACCGAAUCUCUCUCUCUCUCUCAUCACAUUAUUACUCGCUCAUUUCUCUCUUUUUAUAUUCUUUUUGGAGAGAGGACUUGUGAAGGACGCAGCAUCCUGUUAUCGUGGUCCACUUUGGUGUAAUAGCUAUGAGCUUUUUUUAUUUCCUUUUGCAAUUGGCCAGCCCGUCCUAGUUAAGACGAAAGCCUUGGCUGGUGUCAAGUGUACACUACUCAAAAAAUAAGGGACUCUUUCUCCAUCUAUAGCUCCCCACUCCCCUCUCUUUACUCCAAGCCUCUUCAAUUUCCUCCUAAUUCCACAUGUCCUUAUUCCUUCCCCUCUCCUCUUGCGUUUCUCUUGCUGCCUAUAUUUAAACACCAUCCUGUGAGUAAGUGUAGAGCUUAGAAACGGAAGGCUGGCCGACUCAUUCGCGGUUAGCCAAAGGGGCGGCUUUCCUAAGUUUUGACUCCCAAAACUCCAUUCCAAUUCAUUCGCUAUAAAUAUAAACGCCUCUCAACACCACAUUCACAUCCCUCUCUUUCCUUCUCUGCCUCUAAAAACCCCCUCCAUUCCUCACCACUCUCUCUUGCUUCCUCUCUUGUUUCCCAACUCCCCACCUCCCUUUCCUCCUCCCCACCUCGAUCUCCUCGUCCGCAGCCUUCUGAGGAGGGGAGAGCAAUGGAAACUCCCGAGGAAGCCGUUUUCUCCAACAACGACACCGAGUGCACCCAUGCCGUUGUGAAAGGAAAGCGAACCAAGCGCCAGAAGCUCCACCUCCCGCCGUCCCCAGCCGCCGCCGGCGCCGCCUCUUCGACCUCCUCAGCUGAAUUCUCCGGGACCACCACCGAGGAGGAGGAGGACAUGGCCAACUGCCUCAUCCUCCUUGCCCAAGGUAGAGCCCUCGAUACCGGCCCAAAGCCUCAAAUACCAAGAGAAGAAGGUGCCGCUGACCCGGCCAACAGCAACGGUGCGACCGAGAAGUUCACCAGCCGCAGGUUCGCCGAGACCACCACCACGACCAACGGCAAGGCUGGAUUCUAUGUCUACGAGUGCAAGACGUGCAGCAAAUGCUUCCCUUCGUUCCAAGCGCUCGGCGGGCAUCGAGCAAGCCACAAGAAGCCCAAGCUAGCGAUCCCGACGACAGGAACCGAAGACAAGAAAGCGGCGGUGGUCAUCGAUGGAGAUAGCCUCCAAAUAAGCAUGAAUUCGUUCUCGAAGUCAAUCAUGGCCGCCACCAACGCCAAUAGCAAUAGCACUAGCAACAGCAAGCCGAAGGUCCAUGAGUGCUCGAUAUGUGGGUCGGAAUUCUCCUCAGGGCAAGCAUUGGGAGGCCACAUGAGGCGUCACCGACCGCUGAGCAUCCCGGAGACCUCGGAAACGAAGAAGGAGCGGAACGUUCUCUCUUUGGAUCUUAACCUCCCCGCUCCAUCUGAUGACGACCGUGGAGAAUUCCCGAAAUCGCCGUCAGACGUCGUAGCCUUCCCAUUCGAAAGCAAACAGCCGCUCGUCUUCUCGGCGUCGGCCUUGGUGGACUGCCAUUAUUAAGAAGGCAAUGAAAUCAAAACUGUCCUCGUUAUUUUUUUUUUCUUUCAAAAACUCAAACCAGAUCGGGAAUUAUGGGGGGUCAUGUGAAUUAUAUCUUUUACCAUUUAUCAUUGAUUCUUUGGAUUCUUUACUCUAGUUGUUCUCCUAUGGUGAUGGGUGCUCAUGAUGCUAUGUAACAAGAAUGAAGAAAAAGGCUAUCCUUGUGUUCAUGAAAAGGGAGCUAGCGAGUUCAAGGCUCUUCCUUC